CAAAGUCCUAUUGGCCCCCUCACAGGAAGCAGCUUGCAAACGGUUGUCUAUUUGAAAAGCUGAUUGUGAAGGACUCAGUUUGCCUUUGCCAAAAUAUUUCCCAGCAAUGUCAUGCUCUGAAAGAUCCGUUUUCACGGCGUUUUCUGUUAACUCUUUAAUAAUCGGCGAUCGAAAGGAGCUCUCCGACGCCACCUAUCAGCUCGGCAAUUCUGAAGAGCACUGCCAUGUCCAAAAUACCUGGGGGUCUGUUCCAAAUGAAACCAUACCCGGGGAAAUGAACCAGCUCCAGCAAUCACCGCAGCAGGAAGGCAUGGUUUUGCUUCGACAUGAAUUCCACCAGGGAUUAGUAAAUUGGGGAGAACCGCGCUUGAGUCCCGGCCGGGUGCAGCAGGUCAGCGCGUGCCCUCUCAGCGCGCUAAACAGGAAAGACGAUUCCUCCUACUUCACAUUGGACUCGGACAAGCCUUCUAAUAAACCACUAGCGGACGCUUCCGCCUUCACCAGACUAAUGACAGACAGUGGUUCCGUGGGCAUCGGCGCUGGUCCCAUUCAGAGCUACUUCGGUGCAGAACAGCAAUCCUACUCUGGGCCGAAACUCCCCCAUCACAGGAGCCAGGACGUGUCCUCGGUCUGUCUCCCGAACGCGUCUCAUUCAGAUACUCGACAGCUGUACAACCUGAGCUUCCCAGUCAAGCCUUGCCUUGAUAAAAAGCUCGUUGACGAUGACUUAGAGGUCUGCAACACCGUGUGUCCAACCCAGAGGAACAAUACUACGAUCAUCCUCACCCUCAACAACAAUCACAACAACGAGGAAGAAGCAGAGCUAGGUUUACGGCGAGAACAGCCCCUCUCAGACUGUCCCGACGGCAAUAAAACUCACAGACAGCAGACGCAAGAGGAAAGGAAAUUGGAGAACGCCCCAAGCGGAUGGUUGUCAGCGAAAGCAGGAAGGAAAAAACGGUGCCCUUACACCAAACACCAAACGCUAGAACUGGAGAAGGAAUUCCUCUUUAACAUGUACCUGACUCGAGAGCGCCGCCUAGAGAUCAGCCACAGCGUCAAUCUCAGCGACCGUCAGGUCAAAAUCUGGUUCCAGAAUCGCCGGAUGAAACUUAAAAAAAUGAGAAGAGAGCACAGGACCCUGGGCGCGAGUGCACAUUACUCCAUGUGACACAAUUCUGUCAGAUAAAGAAUUCUAAUUCGCGCGACACAAAAAUAUACAAAAAUAAAUAAAUGCAAAGCCAAGAUGGUUAAAGCGGAAAAUAUGGAUAAUAUUAAAACAAAUGUCCUACCAUGAAGAACACAGAAUAUCCUUGCAUACGGGCCUACAUGUUUAUGACAAAAAGACAUAGUCUUCGCUACGUUUCUCCAGAGCCACGUGUGCCCCGCAACACAAAAUACAAACCCCUUCUGGUUCAUUUGUAUUCAAAACACCCCUUUUUUGUCAUUUUUAUGUUUUUCUUUCGUUUACUUAGUUUCAGUGGACAUCUGAAAGAUAUUUCGUUGUGGUCUGGAGAUGCGUUGUUUACAACUCGUGAGUAUGAAAAUACAGACUAAUGCCUGUUUUCCAUUAAUUAGCCUGUAAAAGAUCACUUCAUUUCUUUAUGUUCACGCUAUUUUAUUAAUUUCAGGUACUAGUGAUAUUAAAGGGAUACUUAUAAAAUGUCAAUAAAUUAAAAUGUUCUGAAAUGCUUACCAAUAUAAGCACAGUGUAGUAUCGGGGUGAAUGAACCAGUAAUGCUGGUUUGAGAACGUAGCCUAUGCAGGCCAUACUGAAAAUGCUGGCAAGUUCAUUGCACGAAAGGAGUUCUGUGAAUUCAAAAUGCGGAUGAAUGUACUAUAAUGUUUAUAACCAGACGGCUUAUUGUAUUUUGCGUUUUGGGUACUUUAAUCACUGUAAUUUCUAUAGAUAAAUGUUCUUUCUAUGUAAUAACCAGUCGUUGUGCUGGGUAUAAUGUGCUGAAGGAUAAUCUUUCCCGAUUCGAAUAUUUAUUAUUGCGUACAUGUUUAAAUGGUUUCUAGAGAUCUGACAUAUCUAGCAUAUUUGUUUCUAAGGAAUUUGACUUGCGGAAUUUAAUAUCAGUGAUAGACCUCUUAAUAUAAUGCUUUAGUAAGGACGAUUCAUGACACUGGGGAACUGUAGUGUGAGCCAGUGGGCGUAGGCCUAUAUCACUAAUUCUGUGGAAUGUGUCUUGGGACUCAGUGCUGUUUGUUCCAAUAAAGUUGGGUUAAAUUAUAUUAUUAUUAAUAAUAAUAAUAAUAAUAAUAAUAAUAAUAAUAAUAAUAAUAAUAAUAAUAAAUCAUAAUAACAAUGAGGAGGAGGCAAAUUCGUCAACCCAAUGUUAAAAUGGCGACUGUUUUUACACUCCAAUAUUUGAACAUUGUGUUUAACUUUGAAAAUGUUAUAAGCCGGCUGAUUUAAUGGUCUGUAUGUAGGCCCUACUGGUUUUUACGAAAGAUAGAGAGGGGCGAAUACAGUCUGAACAAGUUGAAGAAAUAUUAGUCAACAUUUGAAAAUAUUUAAACAAAAUGAUCAAACAUACAUGGGCAGCAUUAUAUUAUAUGUGUGAUCAUACAAUAUAGGACAAUAGGACCGUGCACGAUACAGUACGCGCAUGGUCUGCAAUGCCAAAGUAUUCCACGCAUAACAGAAAUUCCUCCUAUGCGAUGUGUGUGUGUGUGUGUGUGUGUGUGUGUGUGUGUGUGUGUGUGAUAUAGCGUGUAGUUAGCCAAAUAUUGCUUUCUGUUCUCAUGUGAUGUAUUUACAUUUUAGAAUUUCAUUAGGAACGUGUGUGGCUACACUUUCCUUAGGUUGAAUGUAUAAUUCCUACUCUUUUGUCUGCCUGUAGGUUUGUAUUGUUUGAACCGCCAUGAUGAGACUGCACCAUUUUAAACGUCACCGAUUGGAUGAGACUCUCCAUAAAAUUAAAGUAUUUUAAAUUUGUG